AUGGCUGAUGUGGACGACGAACUGCUUGCUCUGGUGGGGGGCGACGAAUCCUCCGAUGAGGAGGCAGGAGAGGCGUUGAGCAGCAGCCGCCCAGCAUCCGAGUCUCCGGAUCCCGAGGCAAAAAAACAGACAACGACAAAGGCAAAGAAUACAACACCAGCGCCAAAGUCGAGAAAGAGAAGGCAAGACGAUUCAGACGAGGAGGAAGAGGGCGAAGCAUCCUCUGUCGCCGCCUCACCUGCUUCUCAACAAUCUGCACCGAUGGACGAGUCCGACUCCGAAACCGAAGCACUCCAGACUGCCAAUACCAACGCCAAGAUGGAAGACGACGAAGAUAUGAAGUAUCCCAUCGAGGGCAUCUACGCGAGCGAAGCCGAGAAGGAGGAGAUCCUGGCUAUGCCAGAACUCGUGCGAGAACAACUCAUCGCUAGGCGCCAAGAAGAUUCCGAUCGACAACGCCAGAACACCUUGCUACGCCGACUUCUGAAGAGCCAGAACCGCGAGGACGAUAGCCAGUCUGCCAAGAAGCGCAAAGCCAGCUCAGCCGACCUUGACGACGCCCAGCGAAAGGGUUCGCGACAACGUACAAGAGUAGGUGGCUCCAAGGUUGGCGAGACCAGCGCAGGUAUCGAGUCGCUUCGUCGUGCUCGGGCGGAGAAGAGCGAUCGCAUUCGCCGCAGAGAGGAAGACCGUGAGCGCAACCGAGGCCAAUCACACAAUCAUUCCCGAGACCACGACGACGAUGGUGCCAAUAGUGACAGCGAUGUUGAGUGGUCCCGCGAUUCCCGAUGCAGGCCUUCUAGAUCACGGACACCCGAGGUCAGAGAAGUUCCCCUGGCAGAUCAACGCGACAUGGACCACAUUCGACUUGGCCGAAGCCAACUCACAAGAAUCUGCUUCUAUCCCGGCCUGGAGAAGGCAAUCACCGGCUGCUAUGUUCGGGUUUCUAUUGGUCCCGACCGUGAGAUUGGAGAGAAUGUCUACCGUGCGGCCGUGAUCAGAGGUCUCACAGAAGGCAAACCAUAUGCUAUGCACAAGCAGAACGGACAAAGCUUUGUGACGGACCAAUAUGUCAAGGUAGCCCAUGGCAAGGCUGAGCGAGAGUGGCCCAUGAUCCUUUUCUCUGACUCUUCCUUUACCGAGGCCGAAUUCAAUCGCCUCCAGAAGACCUGCCAAGAGGAAGGGGUACCCCUCCCGAAAAGACCGCAGCUAGUCGCCAAGCUCGAUGAGAUGAACGCUCUCAUGAAUCGCUCAUGGACCGAUGCAGAAGUCAAUGAAAAGCUCGAGCGAGAGAAACGCCUGACGAGAAAAUAUGACUCAUGGGAGAAAUCUCGGCUGCAGAACAAACUCGAGGAGGCCAAGCGUUGGGGUGAUGCGGCGCGGACGUCUGAACUUCAGGCUCAACUAGAGCAACUCGAAGCUCUGCCGCGCCUUGCCUACAAGACUAGUCUGUCCCAGACCAAGAUCGCGAGUCCGGCGGUACCGUCUCAGCAAGACCGGCUUGCCCUGCUGAACGCCGAGAACCGACGGCGUAAUACUGAGGCAGUUCGCAAGGCUCAGAUGAUGGAGCGACACAAAGCCCGCCAGAGCCAAAUGGAGGAUGCCAACGAGUCUCGCGAGCGGAAGUCGACGCCCACCGGCGGCAGUGGUGCCUCGACGCCGGCCAAUGGCACACCGAAGCUCGGAGCCUCCAGCAAGGCGCCGUUCCUUCCCCAUAUUCAAAAGUUGCAGCUACAGAAUCACCAGGCCGUUAAAGACAAGAAGGGCGUCCCUCAGAUCCACAAGCCUCUGGUUGAUGAUGACAUCAUUGCUGCUAUGGACCUCGAUAUUGAUAUCGAUAUCGACUAA